AUGUCAUCUCGAAAUAUUAAUAGAGUCAAUUAUGCUGAUUUAGAGGAUGAGAACUUUUCAGAUGAAGAUGUCUACGAUAAGAAUUUGGACGCGGGUGCUGAUGAUGAUGAAUAUAAUACGCCAUCAAGUAAAAAGAAAGGAGUUAAGAAAUCAGCUACAGACUCCAAAAAACGUAAGGCCCAGCAAUCAGUUGAAUCACUAAAAAAGAAUCUUGAUGACACCAAUUUUUCAGAUGAGGAAUUACUAGAGUUGACUCCUGAUAUUCCUGCUGAUUAUAUCCCUGAUGCUGUCUCCAAAAAUUUUGGUAAGGGUGAUUUUUCAUAUUUGAAGUUGAAACCAGAUCAUUUCUCAAGACCGAUAUGGAUUUCACCAAACGAUGGUAGAAUUAUAUUGGAGUCAUUUUCGCCAUUGGCUGAACAAGCUAUGGAUUUUUUAAUUACAAUUGCUGAGCCGGUGUCACGACCAAGUCAUAUCCAUGAAUAUAGAAUAACGGCAUAUUCUUUAUAUGCUGCUGUGUCAGUUGGGCUAGAGACAGACGAUAUUAUCCUGGUCUUGAAUAGAUUAUCGAAGGUGCCUGUGGCAGAAUCAAUUUUGAAUUUCAUCAAGGCAGCAACGGUAUCAUACGGUAAAGUUAAAUUGGUUUUAAAGCAUAAUAGAUAUUUCGUUGAAAGCACCCAGGCAGAUAUUUUGCAAAUGUUGUUGAAGGACCCUGUUAUUGGGCCCUUACGUAUACAAUCCUCAGAGAAUACCGUCACAAGUAAUGGCUUAAUAACUUCAGCUCAAACUCAGAAUGACAUUGUGAUUCCUGGCACGAAGAAAAAUGAUGGAGAGAAAGAUUCAGAAGCAGGUACAACUAAUGAAGCAGAAGAUAUUUUUGCGUCAGUUGUGGGAAGUAAAGAGGAUGAUGAUGAUUUGGAUACAGUCCAUUCUUUUGAAAUUGCACAUGAUUCUGUGGAAAUUGUCAAACGUCGAUGUCAAGAUAUUGAAUACCCAGUUUUAGAAGAGUAUGAUUUCCGUAAUGAUGCUAGAAACCCAGAUUUAGAAAUUGACUUGAAACCAUCUACUCAAAUUAGACCUUAUCAAGAGAAAUCAUUGUCGAAAAUGUUUGGUAAUGGUCGUGCUAGGUCAGGAAUUAUUGUUUUACCAUGUGGUGCCGGAAAAACUUUGGUUGGUAUCACCGCAGCUUGUACAAUUAGGAAAUCUGUCAUUGUUUUAUGUACUUCAUCUGUGUCAGUUAUGCAAUGGAGACAGCAAUUUUUACAAUGGUGUACAAUACAACCAGAGAAUGUUGCAGUGUUUACUUCCGAAAAUAAAGAAAUGUUUGCAAGUGAAUCUGGGUUAGUGGUGUCAACUUACUCUAUGGUGGCAAACACUCGUAACAGAUCACACGAUUCUCAAAAAGUGAUGGAUUUCUUACGUUCAAGAGAAUGGGGUUUUAUUAUCUUGGAUGAAGUGCAUGUUGUUCCUGCCCAAAUGUUUAGACGAGUGGUUACUACAAUUGCUGCCCAUGCAAAACUAGGGUUAACAGCAACCUUGGUUCGUGAGGACGAUAAGAUUGAUGAUUUGAACUUUUUGAUUGGACCAAAAUUAUAUGAAGCCAAUUGGAUGGAUUUAGCGCAAAAGGGACAUAUUGCCAAUGUUCAAUGUGCUGAAGUUUGGUGUCCAAUGACCGCAGAGUUUUAUCAAGAAUAUCUCCGUGAGAAUGCAAGAAAACGUAUGCUUUUAUACAUUAUGAACCCAACCAAGUUCCAGGCAUGCCAGUUUUUGAUUCAUUACCACGAGAAGCGAGGAGAUAAGAUUAUUGUAUUCAGUGAUAAUGUUUAUGCAUUACAAGAAUAUGCAUUGAAAUUGGGCAAGCCUUUUAUUUAUGGAUCCACUCCUCAACAAGAAAGAAUGAAAAUUUUACAGAAUUUCCAACACAAUGAUCAAAUUAAUACAAUUUUCCUUUCGAAAGUUGGAGAUACGUCAAUUGACUUACCAGAAGCCACUUGUUUGAUUCAAAUAUCUUCUCAUUAUGGGUCAAGAAGACAAGAAGCGCAACGUUUGGGUCGUAUUUUGAGAGCAAAGAGACGUAAUGAUGAAGGGUUCAAUGCAUUUUUCUAUUCAUUAGUAUCUAAGGAUACUCAGGAAAUGUAUUACUCAACAAAGAGACAGGCCUUUUUAGUCGAUCAAGGUUAUGCUUUUAAAGUCAUUACACAUUUGAGUGGUAUGGAGCAAUUGCCAGAUUUGGCAUAUUCUUCAGCUCGCGAGAAACGAGAAUUGUUACAGCAGGUCUUGUUAAAGAAUGAAGAUGCUGCAGGUUUGGAAAUUGGUGACGAUGCGGAUACAAACUUUAUAUCAAAGGAAAAGAGAAUGAGACUUGAACAAGAAAGAAACGGAGGAGGUUCUAGUCGUAGUGCGGGAUCAUUAGCUGGUUUAGCUGGUGGUGAAGAUAUGGCUUAUAUUGAAUAUAGCAAGAACAAAAAUAAGGAAUUGAAAGAUUCACACCACCCAUUGAUUCAAAAGAUGUAUUACAAGCAACAGGCAAAGGCUAAGAAGUAG